UUAGUCCCCACCAAUACACAAAAGCGCUUAACGUACAGACUCGCCAACUACUACUGCCCAGCCACGCAAGACCGGUUCCCGAUGGCCGGAGAUCUCCAGAAGUAUCUGAUCCAGGAUCUGGAGCUCCUUCAUGACGACCGAGACUCAGCGGACCUGGAGUUCGUCGCUGGCGGCGGCAGAGGGAAGCCCGAGAGGAUCCGCGCGCACCGGCUCAUCGUCCUGUGUCGCUGCCGGCGCUACCGGAACAAGAAACAGCAGUGGUUGGCGGCCAACUCGCCGCUGGUGACGGUCAAACUGGAGCGGACGGAACCGGAGACGGCGCGACGGGUCGUGCGCUACCUCUACACUGGCCAGGUGGACUGUGGAUCCAGUCCAGAACCUCUUAUCCAGACAAUAGUGGCUGCUCUGGAGCUGGGUCUCCCGGAGCUAAAGACCUACUGCCUCAAGACCCUGGCGGGCGGGAUCACGGCUGACUCCGCCUGCUCCACCCUCAUCUCUGCCCACUCCGCCCUGAUGGCCGAGGAGGGAGAGGGGGAGGAGGAGGAGGAGGAGGGGAGUGUGGUACGCGAGGUGGAGCAGUGCUGCAUGGAGUACAUCGAGACCAACACGCGGGCCGUGUUCAAGUCGAAGGGAUUUCUCCAACUCCCAAAGGAGACCCUAUUGUCCGUCAUUCAGAGCAGCAAGUUGACGGCCUCCGAGGAGGAUGUGUGGAGAGGUGUACUCGCCUGGGGUCAGGCCAAGGCCGGAGUCCAGAGCAGUGUCAAACAGUGGACUGAGAACGAUCGCUCCAAGAUGAAACAAGUUCUCAAUGGAGUGUUGGAGCAUGUGCGGUUGAUGGAGAUUGGCAGCGAAGUAUUUGCACAGGAGGUGGAGCCGACUGGACUCCUCUCCAUGGAGAUGACUCUUGCAAGAUAUCGGCACGCAGCGGUACACGGCAAGGGUCUUCUGUCUCCGUCGGAGAAGCAGUCUCGUCCUCGCAGUGGCUGCACGGGGGCCUUUGUCGACUCGGAGCUGGUGGCCGAGAGAACCGACUUUCAAAUGCAGAUGAACGAGUGGUGUGGCACUCCCUCUCAGGAGUGGGUUCUGUUGUACAGAGCCUCGAGGGACGGUUUCGAGGCCAGGAAGUUCCACGCUGCAUGCGAUGAGAAGGGAGCGACACUUGUCCUAGUCAAGACUCCCAGUGGAUGUCUGUUUGGAGGCUACACUGAUGCAUCGUGGAGCAGUCGGUUCAAGAGAGGCAAGUUUGCCAGCUCCAGCUCCUCCUUCCUCUUCUCCCUGGUGAGCACCUCCGGGAGCGGGCCGGCCAAGUUUGACAUCAGACAGCCGGCCUACGCCAUCAACAACCACCCCGGAAAUGGACCCAUCUUUGGCUCCGGUGCAGACCUCUGUAUAAGCAGUGAGUGCAAUCGGAACAAGGACUCCUACUCACAACUUCCCUACACAUACGGCACAGUCGACACUCCCAACAAUCUAUUGACUGGAGAGCAGUAUUUCUCAGUAGAGGAUUAUGAAGUUUUUGGACUCUCAAGGUAGUUGCUAAGAGAAGGAGAGAGAGAGAGAGUGUGUUGUGAUAGUGCUGCAUUUAUUUUAAUCAUUUUAUAAACUUUUAGAAGGUCUCUAUUCAUUUCAAUUUUUGUACACAGCCAUUCAUAUUAUAAUGCAAGUGAGAUUUUGCAAUGACAUGAUUAUCAAGAAGGUGUGUGCAGAACUGGGCAUACAAACCUUCUUCAACAGAACCAACAGUAAUACUCCAUUGUUUCCCAGGCUCAGGAGUGUCAGUAGCAUUUACUAGCUCGACCUGGAACCUGGAAAAAAGUGCGUAUAGGCGCCGUCGUCCGGUCCUCGUUCAGCCCACGUUGCGCAUGCGCAAUCACAAGUGCGCGUCGAAACGCGCUCGUACUGACGAUUUCCCUUUAGCAUUACUUUUACC